AAAAGGAAACAGACAAGCUUGUAUAUUAUCAAUAUAUCUUUCCUCUCAGUUUCAAAUGUCAAAUAUCUCAGGUGAUGACGGAAGCUUCUCUUCAGGAAACGCUGGAGAGGAAGUCCAGCCUCUUGAAGAGAAGCAGCAGAAACAACAGCUGCAAAAUAACUUGACUAGCUCUGGUUCAGGACCUUCUGGUGCUUCUAACAGCAAUGGUUCUACCACUCAACAGCCACAACAAGCAGUUAAGAAGAAAAGAAAUUUACCAGGAACUCCAGGCAAAUCCAUUUACCCUUGAAUCUUUCUUCUAUGCUAAGUUUAUCUAAUUCAGGUGACAUAUAUUUGAUCUUAUAAGAUCAGGUAAGUUCCGAUGAAAUAUUUAACUGAUGUGGUUUUUAGAUUUGAUCCGUGAUUUGAGUUAGAUGCAUGGCUCUGAGUUUUACAUAUUCUUCAAUAGAAGCAUGCAUGUCAAGGUAGAUUUGAUCCAGUUAAGCAGCACAAAAGAAC